AUGGAAGACAUGAAGAAGAGAAAGAUGGAGGAGGGAAGUAACAAUGGUUCUGACGAAACAUCGACCACACAAGAUUAUCUUCGUUCACUACUUGACCCUCUUAAUAAACCCCAGCUUGUCGAUCUUCUUUCUAGACUAGGGUCCCAAUAUCCUUCGAUUGCAGAAGAAAUUAAAAGUCUUGCCAGUGCAGAUCCAGUCCAUCGAAAGCUUUUUGUUCGGGGCUUGGCCUGGAAUACCACUUCAGAAACCUUAUGUUCUGCAUUUCAAAUGCAUGGUGAGAUAGAAGAAGGAGCUGUGAUCUAUGACAAAGCGACCGGAAAGUCACGUGGCUAUGGUUUCAUUACUUACAAGCAUAUGGAAUCAGCACAAAGUGCACUAGGAGCACCCAGCAAAUUGAUUGAUGGUCGAAUGGCUGUCUGCAAUCUAGCUUGUGAGGGAUUAACUGGUGCAAGUACUACACCUGAUCUAGCCCAGAGGAAACUCUACAUUGGGGGUUUGUCGCCAGAGAUCUCAACUGAGAUGCUGCUUCAUUUUUUUGGAAGAUAUGGUGAGAUUGAAGAAGGCUCAGUUGCCUAUGACAAAGAUACUAAUGAAUCACGUGGGUUUGGUUUUGUUACAUACAAGACGGUGGAGGCUGCAAAGAAGGCUAUAGAUGAUCCGCACAAGUUGCUUGGGGGGAGAACUAUCAUUGUGAAGCUUGCUGAUACCCAUAAGGGCAAAACGGUACAAAUGCAGUUACCAGCUCCCAUGGUUCCAGUACCAGUACCAAUGGCAGCAGCUGGAUAUGCGCAGCCAGGUAAAGCACCAGCUGGCGGUGGUGCCCCUGUUGGUUAUCCUUAUCCUCAAACUGUAGCAUCAUAUCCAGCUUCUUCAUACCCUAGUCCUCCUGUCGCACCUGCUCCAUUCCCAACACAAUCUCAAAUUUCCUAUCCACAAGUUUCAGCGAAGAAAGAAUCAUUAGGACUUUCACCAACAACACCUGUCGGAAUGGGUGGAUAUCCUUAUUACUACCCGAAACAGUAA